AUGGAAAGUGGUGGUAGGGGUGGCAGCAGUGAUCCAUUGAUGGCGCCGGGGUUCCGGUUCUACCCGACGGAGGAGGAGCUGCUGACCUUCUACCUCCGGCACCGGCUCGCCGGCACCAUGCCCGCCGUGGAGCACCUGAUCCCCGUCGUCGACAUCUAUGGCUACCACCCGUCGGAGCUCCGGGCGAUGGCCGGCGCGGCGAACGUGUCCGACACGGAGCAGUGGUUCUUCUUCUGCCAGCGCGCGGAGCGGGAGCUCCACGGCGGCCGGCCCGCGCGCAACACACCGUCGGGAUACUGGAAGGCCACGGGGUCGCCGUCCUACGUCUACUCCUCCUCCUCCUCGCCCACGGCCAUCCGCGUCAUCGGGGAGAAGCGCACCAUGGUCUUCUACCAGGGCCGCGCGCCCACCGGCAACAAGACCCGCUGGAAGAUGAACGAAUACAAGGCCGUCGCCGCCGCCGACGCCGACGAUGCACCUGCACCUGCAGGGGCGCCCAUCAUGCUGCGGAACGAGUUCAGCGUCUGUCGGGUCUACAUUAGCACCGGCACGCUGAGGUCCUUCGACCGCCGGCCGCUCAACCCGCCGGGCGGCCUUGCCGUCGCCGCUCAACAAGCCAUCCACUGCGGCUACCAACAGCAACAGCUACAACAGCCACUACAACCACCAGCGGCGGCGGUUGCGGUGGCGAAGACGACGAGCCACCACCAUCAGCAUAUGCUUGCUGCGGUCGUUGUCAACGACGCCGCGGCCGACAACAACGGACGACGACAUGCGGCGGCGGAGAACUCUCACGACAGCUCGUCGUCGGGGUCGCGAGGCGGCGGCGGGGUCGUGGACGGAGGGGAAGACGCCGCCACGGCCAUCGACUGGGACUCGCUCAUCCCUCCCGUGGAUGAUCUCGCCUUCAGCGGCUUCGAUGACUUGACCCGUGUCAUUUGGCCCCAUAAUUGA